AUUUGUUGACAUGCACAGUUAAAAAAUAUCGAUUGAAUCGCAACAAAGUUAUUAAAAAAUGGUUUGAAUGCUUAAACUGACUAAAAAGCGAAAGCCAAGCCUAAGUGGAACCCUGUAACAGAGCCGUGUUAAAGGCUCUGGGUGAUAAAUCUGCAACUUUUCUCUGGAUAUCAGUGAUCUUAAAGCUUCAGGAUGUCUGCAGGUUCUGUUGUGGCUCCAUUUAUCAUUCCCAUUCGUAUUCCAACUCCUGGGAAAGCCAAGCAUGUAAUAGACACCAAUACACCCAUUGAGAUCAAGUCAGACAGCCCUGAAGUGAGAAUCUUCUACACCCUGGAUGGCAGUAAACCAGAGCUGGUGCGAAGGCCAGGGAUUGGGGACAGCAGCACGCUGAGUUACACCGGGCCCAUUCGCUUACCCAGCGGCAAAGUUCACGUCAGGGCCAUCGCUGUGACCAGUGAUGGAAGACAAAGUGCCGUUGUUACAAAGGUCUUCCUGGUGGAUUGUGUGUCCACUGAGCUCCAAGAACCCUCUGAGGACAACCAGGAGAACUCCGUAACGAGUUUGGGAAACGAACAGGUGAACAGUGCUGGAGAUGUUUCUACACAAAAUUUAGAUAUUUCUACCAACGCAGCACGGCGCACUCGGAAAGGCCCUCGUUUUCUGUCCCAGCGCUUUCAGAGUGCACCCGUAGCUCCACCAAGAAAAAGCCCACAGAGUGCAGGAGACGACGACGGCCUGCUCAAAAAGCUGAACAGCACACAGAUAUCUCGCAUCCAGAGAGAAACUGAUUUCCUCAGGUGUUUUAAGUGUUUGAGCCACCGGCCCUCAGACCCCUUCGCUCGGUUCUGUCUGAAUUGUGGAGCACCGGUGCCUCCGAUCCCAGGACAGAGACUACCCCCUACUGAAGGGGGGCAGAUGAUCCUGUGUGUGCAGUGUAAGAGUAUGGUGCCAGCGAACACGUCCUCAUGUGUGGUGUGUGAGUCUCCUAUUUCCCCACAGCUUCAACCACAGGCCAGCCUGAGGCUGCAGGGCAAACAGAUCUGUCCAUCAUGUGGCACAGGAAACCCCACCCACAUCACCUACUGUGUGACAUGUGAGACCAGACUGUCUCAAGCCAACACUCCGAUGUUGAGCGGACAACGCGCUCCUCCUCUACCCUCCUUGGAAGAGAAGAUGGUUCCCUGCACCAAAUGUAACAGAGUGAACCACUCGGAUGCUCGUUUCUGCGAUUGGUGUGGUGCAAAGACUGCCCACACAGCAAAGUAUCUGACUUGUUCUAAAUGUGGAGCUAGCAGUCACCCGUAUGCUAACUUCUGUGGAAGCUGUGGUGUGUUCCUGGAAGGUCCACCCCGAGAGUCUGGCAGGAGUCCGCAGCCGAGUGCACGAGUGGACGUGCUGGAACCUGUGCAGAGUUCAUCUACACGUCAUGUUCCUGUAGUGAGCACGGCGAGGUGUGUGGAUAUGCAGACACAGACUGCUGGCCUCUUCUAUCCCUCCAGCACUGAUCUGCAGAAGCGGAGGCAACAAAAAGAGGCGGAGCUUAGCAGACAAGGGCAGAUGAGUGACAGGAAGCCUUUGCUCUCAGCUGUCAGCCCUGGACGAGGAUUCUGGAGGAAGCAGAUGGAUCACAUCUGUGCUCACUUGCGCAGUUACACCCAAAACAAUAGCGAGUUCAGGGCAUUGGUCGGAGAACCACGGAUGGGCAGACUGAUCUCUGCUGUGAUUGAAGAGGACAGCUAUGAAGUCAGCAUACGUGUUAACUUUGUCUUGGCGUCUCCAGACAGAUCCGCGUCAUCAGCAUCAGCAGGGCAGCAGGAUGGAUCAUUGCAUGAGAAACUUAAUCUCAGUGAUGUUACUGAGGGGAGGAGCAAGCUAACCACCUGCCACACCAGCCUAGCUACAUUGAGUGAAGCCGCAGCGUCUGGAACCGCGAGUGCUGGGAACCGGAAUAUGAGCUGCACUUCAGCUACAGCUGAGCAAUCAACCGUGUCCAAAGACGGCCUGCUGCUGAGGGAGGUGGGACCAGAGGGCCGGGGCCGAAUCUCAGUAGUGGAGCAGCUCUUGGAUGAGGGUGCCAACCCGUCAUGCAUGGACAGACACAAGCGUCCAGCUCUGGUUGCGGCUGUGUUAAACGAGCACCACGACGUCAUCCCUAUGCUGGUGCAGAAAGGUGCAGAUGUUGACCAGCUUUCAGGGCCGUUGAACAACAGCGCGCUGCAUGAAGCUGCAGCUUUGGGGACUAAAGGCUUGAGGAGUGCGGAGAUACUUCUCGGAUGCAACGCAAGUUUGAGAACACUGAACAAUCACGGUCAGACACCGUACAACAUGGCAGAAGCUUCAGGCUGCAGCUCCAUGCUCUCGCUAUUAGCAAGUCCUGGUGGACAGGGCAGGAUUAACAGCCGGAGCUCCUCUGGACUUGACACGUUCUCUUAGGUAGCCAGGAGUUCCCUCUCUGCAAUAUGGGACCUUAGAGAGAGCAGGAACCGGCCGAAUACAGACUCGUUUUUGGUACAGAAACAAACAGGAAAGACGGAAUUUAACUUGCUUUAGCUUGAAGUGUUUAUUUUGGACCAUUAUUUGGCCUGAUUUUUAGCUUGCUUAUUAUUUUCAGACAUGCAAAUAAUAUCAGAAGAUAACAGCAUAGAAAUGAUCCCAUACUUGUUGGAAUGGUAAAAAAAAACUAUUUGGACUUAAGUGCAAAUUCUUGGUAUAAGUUAUUAGUGGUACAAAGGAAAAGUUCCAAAAGUAGCUGCCUCCAAGUCAUAUGACCGAGAUGCAGCUCACAGUGUGAAAGUCUGGUGUGAAUCAGUUAGAGGUUUUGUUCAUAGAAGAGUUUACAGGUGUGUAACUAACUAGUGUCUAAUGCCAUUCUGUGGUGUCCUGUUGGUAAAAAGAAAAUAAAUUAGAAGAGAUCCAUUUCGUAUUGGUCUGUAAUGGUGAAAUUCCCUUUUUUUUAUUUCUUUUCUUUUUUUUUUUUGCAAAAUUGGAAUUUUUCAGUCUGUAAAUACAAUUUAACAUACAUGUACUUAAAUGCCAAGUUUUUUUUUUUUACACGCAUCUGUAAUAUUGUCUUUU